UAAAUUAACUGCGGCAAAGACUACCUUGUUUAUUUGAGUUGCAAAAACUGCAUUUUACAGUUAAUAGUAAACGUUUAGUAUUUAACGUAAUGUAAAAAUAGUAAAAUCUUUAUUCAUAAAAUACUAUUACUAUUUUAAAACAAAAGCAAUUAAUUUCACGAAAUACAAUGGCUAACGAAAACUAUACCGUCCUUUGUGACCCUGUCAAUUGUAGCAAUGGUGACAAUCAUAAAAACGCAAUAGAUGAAGAUUCUGGCAAAGCUUUUGCAGUGGGAAGCAAAUGCAAUCAUGAAAGCAAUAAUAACAAAGAAUUUGAUAAACAUAAAAAACUAUUUAGCGACGAGGAUGACGAAAAAUCUUUUAACCAAGAAUGUGAAAAAAUGUUUCAAAAAUUUGAAAAAAAUCCCAAAUACAUUGAGAAAUGGAUAAAAGAAAUGGCUUCUAUAGAAGUUAUAAAUCAUAUUCAAGAUCUAAUUUUAGAGCGAGGAAAAGCAAAACGAAAUUCCAGUAACACAGAAAUGUUUCAACAGUGGUUAUCAACUUCUCCAAGUAAAUAUAAAUCUCGCGGAGUACAUUCUAGGACAUCUAUUGCAGAAAAAGUUUAUUUGAAAAGUUUAGAUGAAGGAGAUUUAUUCAUGACAUUAAUAAGAGAAAUUGCAAAUGAACUAGAUAUAGAUGUAUUGUGUCACAAAAUUCUAGUUAACGUUGGACUUCUUACAUGUGCUGAUCGAGGGUCCAUAUUUUUGGUAAAAGGUUCAGGUGAUGAUAAAUAUUUAAGCGCUAAGUUGUUUGAUGUUACACAAGAUACAGAGAUAGAAGAAGCUGUAAAUCGAAGCAAAUUAGAAGAACUCAUAAUUCCCUUUGGAGUUGGGAUUGCUGGAUAUGUUGCACAAACUAAGGAAACCAUUAAUAUAACAAAUGCUUAUGAAGAUAGCAGAUUUAAUCCAGAGGUGGAUUUAAGAACGGGAUAUAAAACCAACUCUAUAUUAUCCAUGCCAAUUUGUAAUUAUGAAGGGGAUGUAAUUGGAGUAGCGCAAAUCAUAAACAAAGUAACAGGCCCAAAUGAAUUUACAGAAAAAGAUGUGGAGGUAUUUAGGCGAUAUUUAACUUUUUGUGGUAUUGGCAUUCAAAAUGCCCAACUAUUUGAAAUGUCCGUCCAGGAAUUUCAACGUAAUCAAAUUUUAUUAAACUUAGCUAGAAGUAUUUUUGAACAACAAAAUAAUUUACAAUGUUUGGUAACAAAAAUAAUGGAAGAAGCUCGAAGGUUACUGAAAUGUGAAAGAUGUGCUGUAUUUUUAUUAGAUUUAGAUUGUUGUGAAGCAAGCCAUUUAGAACGCAUGAUUGAAAAACCUUAUGAUAAAAAGUUUUCAAUUGAAGAUAAUCAUUUAAACAUUAGAAAAUCGUCCAUCCAGAAAAGAUCACAGCUUUCAAGAUUUACAACAGUCUUCGAAUUAGGUGGUACUUAUGAUAACUCGGCAAAUAUAUAUCGACCAUCAUCAGAUGAUUUGAAUAGUUCAACAUUAGCUCGCAUUGCACAGUAUGCAGCAUCUACGGGAGAACCUUUGAAUAUAAUUAAUUUGAAAUCUUGGUUAGCAAAUAAGCCCUAUCAGGAUGUGGAUGAUGAUACAAAAAAUGCUAAAACAAUUUUGUGCAUGCCAAUUUUAAAUGGUCAGAAAGUAGUUAUUGGAGUUGCACAACUCAUAAAUAAGGAAAAUGGCUUACAAUUUACUAACUGUGAUAUAUCUAUAUUUGAAGCUUUUGCCAUAUUUUGCGGUCUAGGAAUCCAUAACACCCAGAUGUAUGAGUCUGCAUGUAAAUUGAUGGCAAAACAAAAAGUUGCAUUAGAAUGUCUAUCUUAUCAUGCGACAGCAAGUCAAGAUCAAACUAACAGAUUAGUAAAUGAUUCUAUUCCAUCAGCCGAAGUCUAUAAGCUAUAUGACUUCAAUUUUAUAGAUUUUGAUUUGUCUGAUGAUGAUACUUGCAAGGUGGUCGUGAGAAUGUUUUUACAAUUUAACCUUGUGGAAAUAUUUCAUAUUCCAUAUGAUGUACUAUGCAGAUGGGUUCUCAGUGUUCGCAAAAAUUAUAGACCAGUUAAAUAUCAUAACUUUAGACAUGCUUUGGUAGUUUCUCAGACAAUGUUUGCAAUGUUGAAAACAGGAAACAUGGAACGCUUUAUGUCAGAUUUGGAAAUUCUUGGACUUCUAGUUGCUUGUUUAUGUCACGACUUAGACCAUAGAGGAACAAACAAUGCUUUUCAAACUAAAACUGAAAGUCCGUUAGCCAUAUUGUACACAACAAGUACUAUGGAACAUCAUCAUUUCGACCAAUGUGUUAUGAUUUUGAACUCUGAGGGAAAUAAUAUAUUUCAAGCCAUGUCUCCCAAUGAUUUUAAAUAUGUCAUGAAAGUUGUAGAGUCUGCAAUACUAUCUACAGAUUUAGCAAUGUAUUUUAAAAAACGGGAUAAGUUUUUAGAAUUAGUUGAUGAUGGAGAGUUCGAUUGGCAAAGUGAGGAAAAAAAAGAAUUACUCUGUGGAAUGAUGAUGACAGCUUGUGACAUUAGUGCUAUUGCAAAACCUUGGGAAGUACAGCAUAAAAUGGCUAAAUUAGUAGCAGAUGAGUUCUUUUCACAAGGUGAUUUAGAAAAGCUUCAGCUGAAUACUCAACCGAUUGCAAUGAUGGAUAGAGAAAGAAAAGACGAACUACCAAAAAUGCAAGUUGAUUUCAUCGAUAUAAUUUGUUUACCAUUAUAUAAAGUUCUAUCAGAAACUUUUCCUUGGAUUAAACCCCUCUACGAUGGUACCGUUGAAAAUCGAAAAAAAUGGCAGGAUUUGGCAGAAAAAGUCGAAAUGGGUCUCACUUGGAUUGAUCAUGACACAAUAGACAAGCCUAUAGAAGAGCUAGCCUCUAACGCCGAAGAUCUAAAUGACAUCGAAUUUACACUAACAACGUUAAAUUGCCCAUCAAAAGAACCUAAUUCUGAAAACUCAAAUCACAGAAAUAGAUUUAGUAGUUUGAAAAAAUCAGCAGCACUCUCAAAAGUUGUACGUACCAAAUUAAGCAAAACGAUUCACAGUAGCUCUUCAAUGCAAACUUUAGAUAAAGAGGAUGAUAAAAUAAGUACGUCAGCAAAAGAAGAUUUUUACUCUGAUAUUCCCAUCAAAGUACCUGAAGAAAUUAAGAAAGAGCCAGAAAAGAUUAGGUCUCAAAAGCGCAAAUCAAAACUUUGCUUAUUACUCUGACCUAAACAAAAUGAUAAAGCAGUGAUUCUUUAAAAUUAAUAGCAUAAGAUUUUGUUUAUUCAGUACAAAAGUUGAUGUUUUAGUUUAACAUGCAAUUAUGAAUGAAUAUAAGUUAGUA